GCAAAGGGGACAGAAGCAGACCCGUGUCCUCCUUUCCCAGCACACCACGUUCCUCAUUCUCAGGUCUUUUUGUCUUUUACAUGGCGCAAGGGCUCUGCAAGCGGGACGGUUCUGGGUGCGAGAAAGCCAACACGGAUUUGGAUAAGCGAGCAUCAGUGGCGGGGGUAGAAUACAGCAGUUCCGGCGCCUCCGCCUUCUCGGUCUCUUCUAGCCGGCUCUAUGACUAGUAAUGGUCGGCUCGUUCUGCUGGAUGCUCCCUGCUCCAACCGGAUCUUCGACGGCACCAUAUUCAACAGCAGAUUGCCAUUUUCGGAAGAGACCUUCAUAGAGCUAGAAGAUACAUAUGGAAACUGGGGAUCAGAAUUUUAGGAAAAAGGAUAUAUAGUAGUGCUUUAUUUUAUUAUUCCAUUUUGCUCAUUUAUGUUUCAUUCUCGAUUAUUUUUCUCAUUCCAUCGUUGACUUGAUUUGUCAAACUGAUGCGAGAGCGGCAGCAGCAGAUUUAGAUUCACCCGGACAUUCUUUUUGUUGGUUUUGAACUGGACUAUCCUGGCCAUCCAUCCAUCUAUCCUAUAUUUUUUUCUGCUCCUGCACUUCAAUAGAGCUUCUCCUGUCCUUUCUGUUUCUCUCUCUCUCUGCGUCUUUCCCUCUUGAUUAGAAUAGACUAGGAUUUUCUUAGCCAUAUUAAGAGAGGACAGCGUGUUUGUAAAGCAGCUACGUAGGUCAACAGUUGUUGUAACACAUCGAAUUGUUUAGAUAUAUAUUACGAUCCGAAGCAAAGCCUUCCAUUAUUCCAUCAAAGCCAGUCUGAAUCCCACAUUCUUCCUUAACCAGUAUUUAUCCUCAAUUGCUAACACAUCAAAUCUAAGCGCCUAAAUUGUCAUAAUUAAAACCGAGUAUCGUUCAACAUUGGCUUAAUUGCUGUGGCGUUUGAAUGACAUGCUCAGGCCGUUAUUAAAGGCCUCGGCAAUUAAUUAUUAUGUUUAAUUAGUGGCUUUGCAGCGUGAAUGCUCGUGUAAGUUUAAGCUGUAGCACUAGCUGCUGCAUAUCUUACCUCUUUUAGAAAAAAAGACAAGGACAAACGAUUUAGGACGGUAAAAUUGCUCUUUGUUGGAACAGUGCGGAAAGCGUACCGUUCCACUCCGAAAACAAACGAAAAAGCCAGAAAGGCUCAUCUAUUUCUUCCUUAAUCGGUUCUCACCCAAACGCAACCAUAAGGUUCCUACCGCAUCCUCCCCCUUCCCCCUCCUUUCGCUCAAAUAUAUCCCAUUUUUUAAAUUUGGUUUGGUACCGUAAAUUUUCAAAUAUUUAUUUCCUAUACAUAAAGAGGAAAGGGGGUCCCCCUUUCAUGGAAUGCGGAAACAUGGGUGUGUUUGACCGCGGAGUUCAGAUGUUAUUGACCACGGUGGGCGCGUUCGCCGCCUUCAGUCUCAUGACCAUCGCGGUGGGCACGGACUACUGGCUGUACUCGCGCGGCGUGUGUAAGGUCAAAAGCAACAACGAGAACGAGACCAGCAAGAAGAACGAAGAGGUGAUGACCCAUUCGGGACUGUGGAGGACAUGUUGCUUGGAAGGAAACUUCAAAGGAUUGUGUAAGCAGAUAGAUCACUUUCCAGAAGACACAGAUUAUGAAGCAGAUGCCUCAGAGUACUUCUUACGAGCCGUACGAGCGUCUAGUAUCUUCCCCAUCCUCAGCGUCAUCCUGCUCUUCAUGGGUGGCCUGUGUAUAGCUGCCAGCGAGUUCUACAAGUCUCGUCACAAUAUCAUCCUCAGUGCAGGAAUCCUCUUUGUGUCUGCAGGCCUCAGUAACAUCAUUGGCAUGAUCGUGUACAUAUCAGCCAAUGCGGGGGAUCCUUCAAAGAGCGACUCCAAGAAGAACAGCUACUCGUAUGGCUGGAGUUUCUACUUUGGUGCUUUGUCCUUUAUCAUGGCUGAAAUGGUGGGUGUGCUGGCUGUGCACAUGUUCAUCGACCGGCACCGGGAGCUGCGGGCGGGUGCACGGGCUGCAGAUUACCUGCAGGGCUCAGCUAUCACACGCAUUCCCAGCUACCGGUACCGCUACCGGCGCCGCUCCCGCUCCUCAUCCCGCUCCACAGACCCCUCGCACUCCCGCGAUGCCUCACCAGUGGGCUUGAAGGGUUUCGGGGCUCUGCCCUCCACCGAGAUCUCCAUGUACACACUCACCCGUGGGGGCGACACCUUAAAGGGUGGUCAUGGCACCCCCACCGCCACCUACAAUUCAGAGAGGGACCACAACUUCCUGCAGGUCCACAACUGCAUCCAGAAGGACCUGAAAGACUCAUCCCACACUAACACAGCCAACCGACGCACCACCCCCGUAUGAGGCACAACCUCGCCCUAUACAGAUAGCAGUGCGAGGGAGACAGGAGCAGGGCAGAGGGGGGGCGGAGGCCCGAAAUAUUACAGAUCAAACUUCAUGUACCAUGCGUUUUCACGAUUUGGAGGAACCAAGAGGAUUUUUUACGUUUCGAUCAAAGACUACACAUGUAUGCAUGAUUUUGCCAUUGACAAAAUGAGGCUGGUUUGAAAUGGAGAGAGGCUAUAAAAGAUAUGCAGAAGGGUUUUUUUGGCCCGUGACAUGGGAGCUGUAGCUUGUGGCAUUGAUUUGAUAUGUUUUUGUUAAGGAAGCAUUUCACCACCCUUCGGUCUACAUGGAUCAGCAAGCUACUGCUCUCUCAUAAGUCUUCUUCCUCUCUCCACUAUAUUCAUCAUAUUUGUUUAUUUGUUUAUUUGCUAUUUGCAUUUAAAAAAAAGAAACUGUGAACAACUGCAGUAAGGUAUUCAGUAAGACAUAGCCCGGUCUGCAAUCUCUUACAAAAGGUACAA